AUGUGGCUCGAACACGUCGAAGGAUCAGUUCUUACUACCUACAUUACAUUUACCUGCGCCGCUGGUUUUGCUCUCUUUGGUUAUGACCAAGGCAUCUUCGGUGGUCUUCUACAAAACGAGUCGUUCGUCAAAACGUUCAACGCCCCCGACUCGACACUCGAGGGCCAGAUAACGGCAACUUAUGACCUCGGAUGUUUUUUUGGCGCUCUGUUCGCAAUGUGGCUGGGAGAUAAAUCCGGUCGCAAGAGAACGAUACUUUGGGGUUGUGUCGUCUUGAUUAUUGGAGCCACUAUCCAAGCAACCUCUUUUCGCGUAUCGCAACUGAUAGUGGGACGGUUCGUUGCUGGUCUUGGCAACGGCAUGAAUACUGCGGCAAUUCCAGUAUGGCAAUCAGAGACGGCAGCGGCACGUCAUCGAGGCAGAUUCAUUAUUCUCCAGUUGUUCCUCAAUCAAGUGGGAAACGUCAUAGCCCAAUGGAUUAACUACGGCCUCACGUUUGUGGCUGGAAACAGUGUGGCUUGGCGAUUUCCCCUUGCGUUUCAAUGUGUAUUUGCUAUCUUGACCCUCAUUUUCCUGCCAUGGCUUCCCGAGUCACCGAGAUGGCUGAUAAUGAAGGCGCGGAAUGAAGAGGCCUUCUCUGUUCUGAAGAGGCUCGGAGCUUCAUCUCGCACCGAACAAUGCAACACUGAGGUUUUCAAUGCCAUCGUCCAAAACGUCCGACAUGAAAUGGAAGCACGCAGGCUCAGUUUCAAGGCUCUGACAAAGAGCGAUAGCCUACACACUACUCGCCGUGUUCUGCUCGGAGCAGGCACCCAACUCAUGCAGCAGUGGGGAGGUAUUAACGUCAUCAAUUAUUACCUGCCGGUCGUAUUCUCUUCUCUCGGAAUAACUCGGAACUUAUCGCUUAUUUUGUCGGCUUGCAAUGCCAUGAACCUGAUGAUAUCUACCUGCUUCGGCGCUCUCUAUAUAGAGACGUUUGGACGGAAGCGAAUGAUGUUAUGGGGUGCUGUGGGGCAGUCGGUCUGCUUUACUCUAGUUGCUAUUGGUCUCGCUCUUGCUACAAAGCCAUGGGAGGCAGUUGCAGUGGCAUUCGUCUUCGCCUACUAUACGACUUUUGGUUUAUCUUGGAUUGCUGUGCCGUGGAUGUACCCGGCUGAGAUCAACACACAGCGUAUGCGCAUUGCUGGAGCUGGCAUUGCCACGGCUACAAAUUGGAUUAAUAAUUACAUCGUCGUUCUGGUCACGCCAAUUGGGAUUUCUAAUAUUGGUUGGAAAUAUUAUCUGAUCUACGCUGUCUUGAAUGCCGUGUUUGUUCCGGUCCUUGGAUACUUUUAUGUCGAGACAGCUGGUCUCUCCCUUGAGCAGAUCGACACGAUGUUUGAAAGUAAAUACGCCAUAGAGUCCCUUCCGAUUGAUUCGACAUUCGAACAGAAGACAGAGAGAAGUGAUGAUGAUAAAGGUGCACACAUGCCACAGAUUGUUCAUACGGAAUGA